UUGCUCGCUUUUUUUGAGCAUUAGGAAAAUUUGUCGCGAAAAGCUGUGAAAAAUAGUGGAAAAGACAUUUUGGAGUCCAAAAGUCGCAAAUAAAAAUUAUUAGUACAAAAUUUUGCAUAUCAAAAAGUGGCAAAAGCAACUAAAAAAUCGCUAAAAAUAGAAAGAUAAUAAAAAUUGUACCUCCGCGUGUACUAAAAGUGAAUAGUAAAGAGAAAAAGUGGAAAAUAUUUUCUUUUUUACCUUUUUCUAUAUGUAAAUCGUAAACAAACAUUUUUCACACACAAAAGAAUUGUCUCAAAAUUGUUAUGAGACAAAACCACAACCAAGUUGUAUAAAUAAUGGGAUUACUAAAACGUUUGAAGCACGGCGCCUCGAACAGUGGCACUCAAAGUUCAAGUAAAAAUGAUCGGAAAAAAAGUGAUAAGAAUGGGGAGAGUGACGCUUCGAUACCUUUAAGUGAAGUCACCGAAGAAUCUCUCAAGGUAUGGCGCAACCUUCCAGCAAAAAUUCGUCAAGAUCCGAGCAUGGUUUCGUUUCGCGUGGAGAACGAACGACUACAUGGCGAAAUAUUUGACGAUGACCAAGAUGGCAACUUUGGAGAUCAAGACGACGAAUCGUCGCAAGAUAACUCCGAGUUUAUCACAAUAAAUGUCACAAACGAGACCGGCGAGAGUCAAGAAAUCGAUCAUAUCAAGGAGAAAGAUGUCGCACAUCCGACACAUUCUCAUCAAGCAAUUGGACCUGCAGCGUCAACAUCGACAGCGUCACAUGCGAGAGGAAGUAUUCCUGUUGCAAAUUACAAUCCAAGCGGAGCUCCGCAUCAAUCAACGCUCCCCCCAAAAGACGAUCAUGACAAUCCAUGUAAAAACAAUUCAAAAAUCGUCUGUCUGUUCUUCGCGUGGUUCUUUGUGAUGAUCCUACUGAUGAUCACAAACGAAAAAGAUCCCCAUUCAAAGCACAUUUCAAUUCCGCCAUACGAUUCGUCAAAAAGUUAUCUUUUACCCGAACUUCCUACAUCGUAUAGCGUUAAAGUUUCCGUUCAUGGCGCCUUUUUAUCGGAUGAUUUCGCAAACAUGUCGACUCACAUACUGGAAAUUCGAUUACAGGGCAUCAUGUCUAAUUUACAUCUGAAUAACACGAAGGACGACAUCGGAAAUUAUACGACGGAUUUGGCGUAUGCGUGGAAAAUUCCUUGUCGGGCGCCGAGUGAUUUCGAUACGACGGAUUUGGUGAAGAAAACACACACUUUUACAAUAAAAGCCGAAGAUCGUGAACGUCUCGUGGAACAAGAAGGUCUCGUUCGCGUUCUAUUCAAAAGCAAUAUGAUGAUAAACAUGCCAUUGAAAUUCGGUGUCGACAUUUCUCCAAUCAACCAAGAGCUUGGAAUUCUCUAUUCCGCAUUCGUUUUGGUCUUUUUGUACGCCUUGAUCAUCUGGGAAGUCGUUCAUCGUACUUUUGCUGCAAUUUUGGCAUCUUGUCUUUCAAUCGCUCUUCUCGCUGCUCUAAAUGAUCGCCCAACUGUCGAAGAAAUCAUCUCCUGGAUUGACGUCGAGAUCAUUUUGUUGCUUUUCUCAAUGAUGUUACUCGUAGGAAUUAUGACAGAAACUGGCGUUUUUGACUAUCUCGCUGUUUAUGCGUACAAAAUCGCGAAUGGAAGUGUUUGGGCAUUAAUUCAUUGUCUCUGCAUAUUUACAACUCUCAUAUCAGCGUUACUUGAUAAUGUGACAACGGUUUUACUGAUGGCUCCAAUGACAGUCCGACUAUGCGAAGUCAUGGAUUUGAAUCCGAUCCCAGUUUUAAUGGCAAUUGUGGUUCAUGCGAAUAUCGGAGGUCUGAUGACGCCCGUGGGAGAUCCGCCAAAUGUCAUCAUAACCUCAAAUCAUUACAUUUUGCAACAUGGCGUCACUUUUAUGCUCUUCACGCUUCACAUGACAGUCGGAGUUAUUAUUCUAACGUUCAGUACGAGUCUUCAUUUGCGAUGGAAAUUCCGUAAUAUCAAUUCCUUGCUGUUCCACGAGUCAAAGGAGAUCAAAGAGUUGCGAAGAAAUAUUCUCGUGUGGGAACGCGCGGCACAAAGUAUCUCGCCAUUUACGAAAGACGCGAAUAUCGUGCGAGAGACAAUCAUGCGAAAAGUGAAAAUUUUGAAGCAUCAUUUGAAGAAACGAAUUGCGAAGGGAGUUUUGCCAAGUGAUCGUUACAAGAGAACGUUGGAAGAAAUGCAAAAAGAGUUCCCGAUUAAGAAUAAGCCGCUGUUGAUUAAAUGCACGGUAGUCCUUAUUUUCAUCACAGCACUUUUCUUUAUCGAGUCCAUUGACAGUAUUCGAAGUUUGAGUGUUGGAUGGUCAGCGUUACUUGGCGUCAUUUUACUCCUGAUUGUAGCUGACAAAAAUGACAUGGAUGCAGUUCUCCAUAAAAUUGAAUGGCCCACAUUGCUCUUCUUUGCUGCCAUGUUUGUCGUUAUGGAAAGUGUCGAACGCAUGGGACUCAUUGAUUGCAUUGGAAAAUUAACGGAACUCAUUAUUCUUUCUGUCUCAGAAGCUCAUCGACUUGCCGUUGCUCUGAUCAUCAUUCUGUGGUUGUCAGCUAUUACCUCUGCUUUCGUGGAUUCAAUUCCCGUUACGACAAUGAUGACGAAAAUUGUCGUUAAUUUGGCCAAAAAUAAGGCUUUGGGUCUCCCGUUGCAUCCUCUUGUCUGGGCGUUGGCAUUUGGACCCUGUUUGGGCGGAAAUGGAACGUUAAUUGGCGGUUCAGCGAAUAUUUUGGUCGCAGGUAUCGCGGAACAACAUGGUUAUCGGUUCUCCUUCAUGGAUUACUUUAGACUUGGAUUCCCUAUCAUGUUAGUUUCUGUUGCCACAGCCACAGCGUAUCUCUUGGGAGCCCACGUUAUCUUCGGAUGGCAGUAAUUCAUCAAACAAUCAGAAACCUCGUUAAUUGUUUUAAACUAUUUCUUGAAAUUU